GGUAAAUCAUUGCUAGAUGCUUGAUCGGCAGUGUGCACUCGUACGGAAGAAUUGACAUGUGCUCUAUCUGAACAUCGAGUCAGCAGCCAACAAGAUGACUCGAUAUUUCCUCUUAUUCUUUCUCGGCAGGAUAGCAAACUUUUCUUUCGUGGGGUGCUUUUUCACGUCACCCGUGACGACAAGAACGACAAAAACACGAAAACCGAUCCAGAGGAACGAAUAUGGUUCUUCCCUGGGGGCUAAGCGUAUCCGAAAAAGCCACGUGAAACCCAUUGAUCCCCAAGGCUGGCCAGAACGAUAUCCAGCAAAAGAGCUCUGUUCAAAAUGCGGUUUGUGCGAAACAAGUUUCGUUACCCAGGUGAAAGACGCAUGCGCGUUUCUUGGCCCAGGAAUGGCAAGAAUAGACGAGAUGGAAAAGAAAAUUCACGGAAGACAACGGGAUGCACAGUCCUUGUUUGCAACUGACAAAGCAGACGAAGCUAGAUUCGGGGUAUUGCACGAACCAAUUCGGUUGGCAAAAGGAAAUAAAAUCGACGGCGCACAGUGGACUGGUGUUGUGACGGGAAUCGCUCUGUCCAUGCUCGAAUCGAAAAACGUCGACGCGGUAGUUUGUAUUGCUAACAGUGAUAGCAUUGGUAACGGUAGCAACUUUGCUUCUCCUGAACCAAUAUUAGCUCGAACCACAGCCGAUGUCCUGAAAGGAAGAGGCGUGAAGCCCGCACUUGCUCCAUCUCUACGUGUCUUGGAUCAGAUUCAGAACGAUCCGACAAUUCGACGACUCUUGUUUUGUGGAGUGGGAUGCGCAGUGCAGGCCUUCAGAGCCAUUCAAUCAGAUCUAGAUUUAGAAGAAGUAUAUGUUCUUGGAACAAAUUGUGCCGACAACUCACCGACACCGGAGGCUGCACGAAACUUUAUCAGCGAAGGAGUUCAAAUCGAUUCUAACAUAAUAAGUGACGUACAGGGGUAUGAAUUCAUGCAAGACUUUCAAGUCCACGUCAAAUCCAAAGAAGCAUAUGUCACAAAACCCUACUUUACACUACCGGGAACAAUUGCCGAAGCUUCCAUCGCAAAAUCAUGCAGGGCAUGUUUCGAUUAUACCAAUGCACUGGCCGAUGUGGUCGUGGGUUACAUGGGAGCACCUUUGGACGGAAGUGGUCAGGCUGCUCGGAUGGACAAAUCAUCCCAAACGCUUACUAUUCGUAACGAACGAGGUGCAGAGAUGGUCGACAUCGCUCUCAAGGCUUCAAGACUCAAUUUGGGCGAAAGGGCCGUAGGAGAUGGAUCGCAUGAAGCAAUGGCUUCUGCGACUGUCGCUUCCGAUGCAAUCGUAAGUGCAAUGGUUGGCAAUGCGGUGCCUGAAAAAGGGAUGCCUGGAUGGUUAGGUCAAAUCAUGGCAUUUGGUAUGCAACGAUUAGGGCCAAAAGGUAUCAACUUUGCAAAAUAUUCGAUCGACUACCAUAUAUUGCGAAACUACCUGUUCGUUUUGAAAACGAAAGGCGAUCUAGAAAGUGCUAUGAUGGCAUUGCCUCAAAACGCGAGAGAUAUCGUCAAGUACUAUCAUGAAAAUGAUAAAGAAUUUGCAUCUCUUGUUUCUAAAAUACAGAAAGCUGAUGAAUAAGUAACUCUGCUUAUUCACAAGAAGACCGCGAAUAAUUUGGAGCACUUUAGGGUUAUCAAUACCAAGUAAAAGACUUGAGUGCCCCCAAGUGAGGCUUUUCUGUUCUUGUGACAUAGUGGUUAACCUAUUCACUUGUGUAAUCGCAUAUCUAAUUGCUGAGAUGCAUGAUGCUCUUUAAGAACAGAGCCCGAGAGACUGUUUACCAAUAACAAAGAAGCCGAUGGAUGCAUUUCUCCCAAACUAAUUACCACACACACUCUGAAAUUGACCGUACAAUAACGACGAAUGAUCCGUCCAUCGCUAUAGAUUUUGCCAGAUGCAAGUUGUGCUAGAAAGGCAGUGGGUCAUUCUUGGAAUAAAACAGAUUAGCCUCCGGCAUGAUGUCAUCCGUAUUCAAUCAGUAAUAUAUCAUAGAAUCAUGU